GCGCGGGGACCAUGCCCUUACAAGCUCCGAUGGCGGUGACGUCGUUCUAGACGCCGAUGCCGCAACCAUCACCUUUCCAGCCCCAGCUGGUCAGCACCAUGGCUCCUGUCAACUUGGCCGGUGCACUUAACGCUGCAGGGCCGUCGCGUCCCCCGCAAGCUACGGAUCCGCAGAUCACUCCUGACGGACAUUGCGUCUCGAUUGAGAGCGAUGACGACGAGUGGGACAUCCCGAGGGCCCACAAGAAGAAGAAAGGAAAAAACAUCCGGCCAGCGACCUCCCGAAACUCCGCCUUCGAAAGGCUGGGGGAUAGGGAGGAAGGCCAGAGGAAGUCAGCCAAGCAGAGGCUGGGGCAAAGUGUUGCCCAUGUCAGCGCAUUCGCCCGGCUAGGCGAGGUGCGGGAGGCCGAGCCUGCCCGCACCCGGCGCUCCCGGUCUAACCGGCAGGAGCCAGCAAGGACAAGGGCCUCCCACCAGGAAGGGGAGGCAAAAAGCCAGCCCAGGUUACCGGUGGCGAACCGGUUAACCGUCCCAAACGACCGCGUCCAGCAGAUGGAGGCAAAGCUGGAAAGGCUGGAAAAGAAGGUCGGGGAGAAGAAUGACCGGGACAAACCCCUGGCAGGGUCCCCGUUCACCGCAAGGGUCCAUCUGACACCUUUCCCGCGAAAGGUUAAGACUGAUGCCCCCAGAUUCACCGGGAAGGAAGAUCCGGAAAUCCAUUUGGACUCCUUCAACCAGAGUGCGACCAUGAAUGGUUUCACCGAUGAAGAAAAGUGCCUUCUUUUCUUCCAGACCUUGCGGAACCGAGCCACUGAAUGGUUCAAUAAGCUUCGCCCGGGAAGCAUUGACUCGUUCAAUGAUUUGGCCUCAAAGUUCAAGGCCAAGUUCCAGGAGAAUUGUACUAAGAGGAAGAAAUUCACCUAUCUUAGUACAGCCGGGCAGAGGGAGUCUGAGAACCUUACUCAGUUUCUUACCCGGUGGAAGGAAGAGGUGGAAAAGGUGGAAGACAUGGAUGACAAGACCGUCCUCUCCCUCCUCUUGAAUGGCUUGCGUGCUGGGGAAUUAUACAAGGAGUUCUGCCGGAAGCCCCCAGCCACGUACCAAGAGGCCUACCACACCGCAUGGGAGUUUGCUGAAGCUGAAACUCAGCUCCGGGCAAAGAGAGAGGCUGAGCAUGGUCACAAGUCCAAGCCGGUGCAAGUCAAGAAGGAAGAAGCACCGGGACCUAACAGGCCGAGGCACCACUAUGACCCGGUCAUCCGAGUGGUCGAUACGGAGGAAUGCCAAGAAGUCCGGAAAGCACCGGUCAUUCCCCCAGAAAACCCUACCGGUCAGGCCAACUGCCCAGGGAAUGAUCGGGACAACGACCGACGGAGGAAUAACAGGCCAAGGGAGCGGCAACCUGCCCCCGAAAAGGAACACAUCGGCAUGAUCUUCGGCGGACCCGAGGGUGGAGAUUCAGCCGCGCAGCGGAAGAACUGGGUCCGGAGCAUUUACGUUGGAGAGGUAAGUGCUGAACCGCCCAGGCGUAAGCGUACUAGGAGGGGGCCUAUCGUCUUUACUGAUCGGGAUCUCCCUCCUACCGGUGAAGAUCACAAUGAUCCAUUGGUCAUCACCAUGGACAUUAACGGGGUGGAUGUCGCCCGGUUACUUGUUGACACCGGCAGCAGUGUCAACAUCUUAUACCUGGAGACCUUUCAAAAACUCAGGUUGUGUCGAACACAACUUGAACCCCUCAAAACCCCUCUCUCAGGCUUCACGGGGGACACCGUUGAAGCUGAAGGAUCCAUAGUUCUAUCGGUCGAACUAGGAUCAGGUGAAAAGACCGUGUGGAAGAAGAUGCGGUUCAUAGUUGUGGACAUCAAAUGCGUCCAAAAUGCAAUUCUUGGAAGGCCAGGCAUCAAUAGAGUUGGGGCGGUGAUUUCCAUGCCUCAUCUAUGCAUGAAGUUCCACACUCCAGGUGGUGUGGGUGAGGUGAAGGGCGACCAGAGGAGCGCCCGGGAGUGCUAUGCCCGGGCAGUCAAGAAGAUGACCAAGGGGGUCAAUGUCAUCUCCCAAGAGAUCACAAAGGGAGAGACCUGGGAGAAAUUGGAGCCCGAGGCCGAGACGGUGGAAAUCGAACUUCACCCGGGUGAUUCUUCGAGGAUGGUCAGAAUUGGAGCAAAUCUCCCCGAGGAUCUCAAGGAGCAGAUUACCCGGGUCCUCCAAGAAUACGCGGGCAUAUUCGCAUGGAGCGUGGCGGAUAUGCCGGGAUAGAUCGCUCUGUUAUCUGCCACCGGUUGGCAGUGAGGGAAGGAAGUCGACCGGUACGCCAAAAGAAGCGGUACCUG